GCACUGGAAGCAGGGGACUAUGCAUUUAGCAUGAGGGUAAUCGCGAUCAUCGCGGUCGAGUAUGCGUUUUAAAGUCUCACGAAGUUCAGACACAUUCUGGCUGGCGAUUCGAUCAGGAAUGGCCUCUGGAGUGACAAAGAACUCCUUCUGGCGUCUUCCUUGUUGUUUCAAGCAAGCCCUCUGGUUGAAGGAGGCGCGUGUGUCUCACUUGUCGAACAGAGACGCCAUGUCAACCCUCUCUCGAUCGUUCCCUUCUACAUACUGUUCGUUCUUGCCUGUCAUAAUCUGCUGGCGUCGUACUUUCCGUCCGACCAGGCGAGAGCAUGAGUGUACCGUCGAACCUGUCGCCAUCGGUUCUUCGGAAAGCAAGAAUUCCAUCGACAAUCAACAGCCUUCAGAGACGACACAGCGCGCCUAUUGUUUCCCACAACACUCGCUACUCCAUCCAUCGACCAGCAUGAGUUACCGGGCAGCCUCCAGCAAUGCAGAUCCCUCCCCUUCACAAGCCACGACCGCAAUCACCACUCGCGAACCGUCACCGCAAGAGUCUCAAGAGAACAGAUUGAAAGAGUACGCGACACUCCGCGUCCACGCCAUCAACGCCGCAAGCACCUACCGCAAUCUAGGCAUCCUCUACCACAGCCUUCCGUCACAAGUCAUCUUCGACAACUACAUUCCAGCUCUCGCCCGGAGUUGCGCACGAUUGGAAUUCACCAUCAUCGACUACCGGGAGCUGCCGUGGAUGAUUCAAAGCAUCGGCGUGAUUGACCACACGCUUCGACAGGUCUCUGUGGCUUUUCGUGCCGCUUCAAAGCCGGACGACUUCUCGUGGGUGGAGCGCAGGCUGCUGAUGGUGGCCAUGUGGUUGCAAGAAGUGAAUGCGGAGCUUUUGCUGUUGCACCAGAUCAUGGCUGAGUAUGUGGGCGUGAGAGCCGCUCGAAUUUUCGCGCACGGUCUGAGCAGAGAAGAGCAGGAGAAGCCGCGGAAGAAAAGCGUAGCGAAGGAAGCUUGGUCUGAUGCCCUCCCAUCGAUUUGCUGGGAAAUGCUUUCUGAGAAGGAGGAGAUUUGGGAUGUGGAAGGGACGAAGGAGGGAAGUAAGGCUGGAAAUUGAGAGACCAUGUGUGAGAUGAGCAUACCUUGCCUGAAGGUCCGUACAACAGCCUGAGGCAGGGAAUACGAGCAAACAACCUGGCGUUUCGUGGCGUCAUCGAUCAGGGGGUUGACGAAGCACCACCAGUCGCGUUUGCGAUUAAGAUGACAAUAGAGGAAUGCCUUGUGAGACUGAGCGGUGCCAGUGUGUGCUGAGGAGGCAGUUAUAGAUUCAACAACGUGAUGUCGGCGGAUAGAAAGUCAACCACAGUUGUUGGUGGACGUGUGCGCGGUCCAAUUUACCGAAAGCACAGACCGCCGAAAGUCUAAUCCGGACGAUAUCGAGUCCAAC